AAAAAAAUGGAAGGCUCUGUAUCAAACCUCGACGUUUGUAAUUUGGCAUAUUUGGGUCAGUUCGAGAAACUAAAACAGUGCAUUUUAUCGGAUAAAACCCUUGCUUGCAAAACAGACCAGGAUCACAGAACUGCCCUACAUUGGGCUUGUUCGGCUGGCCAUACCAACAUUGUUUCAUUUCUACUUGACCUGGGAGUUGAAGUGAACUUGCAAGAUGAUACUGCAUGGACCCCUCUUCACAUUGCAUCCUCUGCUGGUAGAGAAGACAUUGUCAGAGCAUUAAUAUCUAAAGGAGCUCAGCUGAACUCUGUGAAUCAAAAUGGAUGCACUCCUCUACAUUACGCCGCCUCGAAGGACAGAUAUGAGAUUGCCUUGCUGUUGCUUGAAAAUGGAGCAGACCCUAAUGCCACAGACAAACUUGAUUCAACUCCACUUCAUAGAGCGUCUGCCAAGGGCAACUAUCGCCUGAUCCAGCUGCUUCUCAAACAGAGUGCCUCGACCAACAUUCAGGACUCGCAGGGCAACACAGCACUCCACUUGGCGUGUGACGAGGAGCGUGUCGAAGCGGCCAAGUUGUUGGUGGAACAUGGGGCAAGCAUUUACAUCGAAAACAAGGAAGAGAAAACUCCCCUUCAAAUGGCAAAGGGCAGUCUGGGCAACUUACUUCGUCGAAUUGUUGAAGGAUGA